AACUACCGAUUUCCAGGAUUCAUUUUUCCCCUGGUCGCGUGGCUUUUCACUUUUAUGGUCGAUUUUCGGAUCGGUUUACGUUAGCACAAAAAACGCAGUCGGGCCGCUCGAAGUGUUGUUGCAGUGUGACCAGCAGUGGAACGGGGCGAAGCGGCUCAGCUGUUGCAGUGUUACCGUGUGGUGCGACAAUACCAGAUAUCCAGACCGGUGUUUUUGGAGCGGCAGCCACACUGCUCCCCAAAUUACUUAACAUGUUCCAAGGAUUGAUUCAAAGGACCUGCCUGCUGGUGGCCACCACCGCGGAGACGCUCGUCGUGCGGCAGAAACACGCAUUUGACCGCGCAGUGCUGAUGCCCAAAGUACGGUGCCACUUCCCCAAACCGAAGGAAGUCAAAAGAAUAAAAGUACACGGAUGGGAUGCUAGGAUGUCCACGCCUGAGGGCCGCAGGGUGAUAAUGCGCCGUAUACUCAAGGGUCGCCACGAUCUAACGCAUUAGCUUUUCGAUAAUAAAUUUGGUUUUAUUUAAACUUAA